AAAUCCGUCACAUGACCCGAUCAGGAAGUGGGCUACCAAAAACUUUUCCAGUUCCUCCAAACUUGAAGCGUGCGGACAGAUUCGUGGAAAUUGUGGCCUUUUUCCACAGCAUGGUUGUACAUGGGGGUAAAAAUAAGUCACCAACGAAAAAUGGGUUGUUGAGUAAGGGAAUUUGAUCUCAUUCUUAGCCGUGGAACGCAGUUUGGGGACGUGAGAUAAUUUUCCAGUCACUUCCUGGUCCGAGUUUACUGCCAGGAUGGCGGGUGCUGGAGGAGAUGACUUCUAUGACUUGAGUAUAAUGUACAGCCCAGAUGGCGAACAGUGGAGCGAGUUUCUGUCCGACGUGUUCCGACGGGAGGGAGAUGCCGAGCUCAAGAUGUACUUCGAAUCAAUUGAACAACUCCCUCUACAUCACAGUCAGGAGACAGCAAUCAAGAACAGCCGCUGCCAGUUCCUUCUGGUAUCACCAGACUUUACCGACCUUUUCUCGUAUACAUCGUUCAGGGACUUAGUCCCACAGCCACAACGAGUGGUGGUCCUCCUUUGUGGUGUAGAGCACAGCCAUCUUAAAGAUAUAUUCGUGCACAUGCCUGGCUCCGAGAGGUGGACAAUCCUGUCUACAACUGAUGGUGUGCAGGCUAUUUUGGAAGGAACAUUCCAUGUGAUCAAUUCCUUUACACCAGAACCUGAUACAGAAAGUCCAUACAUGCCAAUGUCAGGGAAAUCACAAGGAGAAGUUGAUACUGGGGAUACCUAUUUGACAAUGGGUCAGUCUAACAGAGUACAAGAGGACACUUACCUGAACAUGACUGGAUCUACAGAAAUGCAUGAUGCAGAAGAACAUUUAUACCUAAGCGUUGCAGAGUCAGAAGAUGCAAAUGGACAAGAUGUCUAUGAAGACAUGGAGAGAAAGCCUCAGGGAGGUGGGGGAUUUGAUACCUACAUGAUAAGAUCUACAUCAGACUCUGGUACUGAUGACGGCCCUCCGCAGCGACCACCCAAACCUGUUCAACAAAAAUCCGGACUGGAAGGGCCAAUCAUGAGCAAAGAACUUCAGCUUGUACAGCCAUCCACUAUUAUGUCUGGGUCGGGUGAGAGAGUGGUGCUGAUCUUUAAAAACCCACUUCCUGAAGGUGGCAGCUUCACAGUGGAAUUUCAAGGCAAUAAACAGACAUCUGUUGUCACAGCUUCCAAGGAAAACCCAUACACCCUGAUCCUCAAUACCCCAGAUCACCCUCCUGAGACAACACAAGCAGUUGUGAAGUGUGACAGUAAGUUACUUGGGAAUGCCACCAUGGUAUUUGUUAGCAAAAUGCGCCGGUUGGAAGAGUUGCUCACAGAUGUCUCCAAGCCAGUUGAGUUCAUGUGUCAGUCCCUGGGUGCUGAGCCUUUGAACCUGAAGAUCCUGGACAAGAUACUGAGGGACACCUUCAAGAAACACAUGCCACCCAAGGGUCUUGGGGUAUUUGGCAUCGAUCAAGAGAGUGAGGACGAAUAUGCAUACCACCCAGAGGAGUUACCCACCCUCAUGCACUUUGUUGCCAAGUAUGGCCUGAAGGACAUGUGUGCGUCCCUGCUCCACUGCCCUGGGGCACUCAACGCCUGCAGCAUUGCUAACUGCAACAACGACUUUCCACACAACCUCGCUGAGAAAUAUGGGCACAUGGAUCUUAAGAAAUACAUCGAGGACAGGAUUGAAUUGGGAGCAAUUCUGGAGGAGGAAAUGGGCUCUGGGUACGGAUAUGUGGAUAUGGACAAGGACUUAUACAUGAAGAUGACAAGGGUAGACCCUGCAUAUGGCUACAUGGCUAUGGGGAUGGGGAAGUACUACAACACACACUCCUAUCCCCGAGAAGGGGGAUACUACAACAUUUUCGGGGGUGCAGGUUCUGUGGAGGAACAACCUGACUAUGAUCGACCCUUUCCUGUUGCCAUACCUGACCUUGAUGUUUAUGGAGAGACCUUGAUGUUUUCAAGUACUGGCUUCAUCAAGGAAGUCCUUCAGGGUCAUGAACAAGAGGCAGAGCCUGAGCCUGAAAUCUAUGAUGAUCCAGAUAAGCAUGAGCCAGCCCCACCUUUCAGGGAAAUACGCGGACCAAGUAUCACAAGGCAGAGACAUGCAAAUUCCGUCAGACAGUCACGUAUUGAAGAGCCUCCAAGUGCAACAGAAAAGCGCAGAUCACAAACACUGCCUAUUGGAUCGAGUCUCUCAUCUGCUGCUUCAGCUGCACCACACUCCUCUGGACAGGAUGACUUGGCUAUGUACACUUCAGGACAGCAGGAACUCAUCAAGCUACAGAAGGAGGUGAAGGCAGGCAUAUACACAGUGGAUGAGGCAGCCAUCAUAUUCAAAGAAUGGCAGAUGAAAGAGAGAGAUCGAGCCAUGUCAUUUGCCCAGCAGCAAAAGGAAAUGGACAACUUGCGUGCAAGUGUUCAGCGCAGGGCAAAGAAAGGUCAGCCCGAGGUCGGCCCGCCCAUCCCAAAGCAUGGGAGAGAUGACGGGAUAUAUGGCAGGGUGCUACACAAGAUCAGAAGAACCCCUAGCUAUGAGGGAGGGCAGCAAGAAGCAUUGAGCAAGCAGCAGAGAAAGACUCCAGGUAGACCUCCUUCUUCUAAACGACCUGGUGAAGGGAACAGGGAGAGCACACUGAGUAACAGUAGCUCCUCCUCUGGUGGAUCGAGGCACAGUGUGAUGAGCACUGCUAGUUUGGACAGCGGCAUGGAUGUGCCGCCAGCAGACAUUCCUGAAGAGACCCCACCUCCAAUUCCCCUGCACAUUCCUAGGAGACCCCGGCCCCUGUCUGUGAAGUUUGAUGAUGACUUCAUAGCCAGGCCUGUUCCCCCUCCCCCGGUUAGUAAGCGUCCCCUGCCCAGGGAACCUCCUUCCCCAUCUGUACCUGUAAAACCAGGCCGCCUCCAACCAAGACACACUGAACCAGAUAUGAGUCCAAGGCUUCCGCCCUCGACUGCUCCCCGACCUUCAUUACCAACAUCAAUGAGCGAAGUCAAUGCCGAGUUGGCGAAGAAAUUCGGAAAGCUUUCUUCAUCUUCGGCUGACGAUGAAAUGGGCAGUGACAGGCGUGCCUCUCCCAGAGGUUCACCCCAACAACCGUCCUCCCCAAAGCCGCCGAGACCUCCACAGCGUGGAUCCAACCCACAACCACCACCGAGGCCCCCGAGGAAGCCUAUGAACUAAGCAUCUAUCCAGGUUAGGUCAUGGACUGGAGGUGGCACUAUGUGUCUUCUACAGCUUUGUCAGAUUAAGUGCUCA